AGAAAAUGUUUUAGAUGCUGCCUUUGAGAAUCCUACAGCUGGGGUUAGGAAUGUAGCUCGAGAAUUUUAAUUUUACAAAUGCAAGACCCGCACCAAAGACAAGUACCGCGUGGUAUACACUGAUCACCAACGCAUCGAACUGGAGAAAGAGUUCACCUUUAACAACAAAUACAUCACGAUUCGUCGCAAGUCGGAGCUGGCGACUAACCUAGGACUCUCCGAACGCCAAAUCAAAAUUUGGUUCCAAAAUCGGAGGGCCAAGGAACGGAAGCAGAACAAGAAGAGAGCUGAAGAAAAGAACCAAAUCGAUAUUGUCAGCAGUGGUACCAACGGGGUCAUGAACGGGGUGAACGGGUACCAUCAUCAGAUGGAGCACCAGGUACAUGGACACAUCAACUGUCACAAACCACCCAAUGAAAAUCGAAAAUGCAGACACGGGAGAGCAGUUAGGUUAGGAAUAAAGGGGGUGAGGGGAAAGGGAAGUUCGGGGAUUGGCUGUGUUUUCUGUUUUGUCAAGAGAUUCAUCGAGUUGAUAGUUAUAUGUGACAGUGAAGUCUAUCGUCUGUCUCCGAUCGGAAGUGAAACAUCAAUUUUAUCAACAAAUUUGAAUACGAGAGGUGACGACAACCGUCAAGGAUCGAAUUACGUACCUAUCUGCGGUUACAUAACAAAGGAAAGUUGGAGUUCUACUGCUAAAUUGACAACACUGCUCCAUCCGAAACAAUUGGUCUAUAGAAGUCGUCACCUUUGGAAGACAGAGAAACAGAACGUAUUUUUAGAAACUGGUCAACAUCUCUGUUGUACAAAUUUUUAA